AUGGGACGAUUAGAGCCUAUAGUGGCUAUGCUGGUUCUUCAGUUCACUUAUGCAGGCCUUUCUCUCAGUACCAGAGUCGCUUUAAUACAAGGCUUAAGCCCUCGAGUUUUUGUGCUCUAUCGACAAGCUAUAGCUACUACCGUUCUUGCCCCCAUUGCCUAUUUCUCAAGAAGAAAAUCCGGCUCCUGUUCGUUGAGUUUAAGGAGUUUCACCUUGUUGUUCUUGUCCUCGCUUAUAGGUGUUACGAUCAACCAGAAUGUUUAUUUCGAAGGUUUACAUUUGGCUUCUUCAUCAAUUGCAAGUGCUAUGGCAAAUCUUAUUCCAGCCGUCACAUUCAUAAUUGCUGUUUUUGCGGGAAUGGAGAGAGUGAAUAUUCGGAGCCCGAGAAGCGUAGCAAAGAUAGCAGGGACCUUGAUGUGCGUAAGCGGAGCCGUGUCCAUGGCAUUGCUAAGAGGUCCAAAGCUAUUAAACUCAACUCUGCUGCCAAGACCAGUAAUGGAGUCCGGAGGUGAUCAGAGCUGGUUGCUGGGUUGUCUCUUUCUGUUUGGAAGCUGUUGUUUAUGGUCUAUUUGGCUGAUUUUGCAGGUUCCGGUGUCGGCGAGCCACCCAGAUCACAUAUCUUCGUCCGCUUGGAUGUGUUUUAUGGCAACACUGCAAUCAGCAGCACUUACUCUGGUCUUGGAACGAGACCCUCAAACAUGGAAGAUCCAUUCAGUUCUUGAACUGGCCUGCUGUGUAUACUCAGGAGUCAUAGGAUCUGCAGUGUCGUUCUUUAUUCAAGCAUGGUGCAUUUCACGGAGAGGUCCUCUCUUUUCUGCAAUGUUCAAUCCUCUGUGCACAGUGAUUGUGACUGUAUUCGCUGCGUUAUUUCUUCACGAAGAGAUCUACGCUGGAAGCUUGAUAGGAGCAGCGGGAGUGAUAAUGGGGUUGUAUGUUGUGCUGUGGGGUAAGGCUGAAGAAGUUGGUGAGACGGCAGAAGAUCCAACAUUGAAAACUGACAUUGAUGAAACAUUACAUGAUGAUACGAUGAAUAUAGUGAAAGAUGAAUCGUUUGAUGAGAAAGCAUGUUGCUGUAAAAUUGAUUUGAAGGAACCCCUCCUCUCUGCUAAAAAUAAUCUUCAACCGCAUUCUUAA